AUGCAUCACUUCACCUACCCUCAAACCCCCAUGACCGUCUCCGUCAUCGGUUGGUCGGGCCAUCGGCCGGCCAUCCGGCCAGGCGGCGCUGCACGUGAAAUGCUGGCCACGGCUGCUCGGCACCUGCGCCGCCGCCCUGCGCUCUCGUCGCCGACAUCGCCCUCUGCCUCUUCCCGCGCCGCCGCUUCUAUCCCGUCUCGCCGUCUGCUGCACGCCUCUGCAAGCGCUCGCUCCGGCGCGGCCUCCAACCCGGCCAUGGCCUUUCCCUGCCUCGACGCCAUGGAGAAUCGCUCCGCCACGCUCCAGCACGCUACCUCCUCCUCAUCCCCUUCCUCCAGCAGCAGCGGCCCGGAGCCGUCGUACACAUCGGGCGUCACACAGGUAUAUCACUGCCGCGACCCCCUGCGCCUCGACUGGGGCGGCGUGCUGCCCUCGUUUGACAUUGCCUACGAGACGUGGGGCGCCCUCAACGCCGACAAGUCCAACGCCAUCCUGCUGCACACGGGCCUGUCGGCAUCGUCCCACGCGCACUCCACCCCGGAGAACCCGUCGCCGGGGUGGUGGGAAAAGUUCAUCGGCCCCGGCGCGCCGCUCGACACGGACCGCUUCCACGUCAUCUGCACAAACGUCCUCGGCGGGUGCUACGGCUCGACGGGGCCCUCGAGCGUGGACCCGGGCCACGGCCAGCGCUACGCCACGCAUUUUCCCAUCCUCACCCUCGACGACAUGGUGCGCGCGCAGUUCCGCCUCCUCGACGCCCUCGGCAUCGAGACGCUCCACGCCAGCGUCGGCUCCAGCAUGGGCGGCAUGCAGUCGCUCGCCGCCGGCGUGCUCUUCCCCCGCCGCGUCGCCCGCGUCGUCUGCAUCAGCGGCUGCGCGCGCAGCCACCCCUACAGCAUCGCCAUGCGCCACACCCAGCGCCAGGUGCUCAUGAUGGACCCCAACUGGAACCGCGGCUUCUACUACGGCCGCGUGCCCCCGCACGCCGGCAUGAAGCUGGCGCGCGAAAUCGCCACCGUCACCUAUCGCUCCGGCCCCGAGUGGGAGCAGCGCUUCGGCCGCCGCCGCGCCGACCCCGCGAAACCCCCGGCCCUGUGCCCCGACUUCCUCGUCGAGACCUACCUCGACCACGCCGGCGAGAAGUGGUGCCUCAACUACGAUCCCAACUCGCUACUCUACGUCAGCAAGGCCAUGGACCUGUUUGACCUCGGCCUGCAGAACCAGCACGCCACGCAGCAACGUCGCGCCGCGCGGCAGGCAGCUGCCGGACGGGACGGUGAUGACGGUGCAUCGUCAGCGGCGGCGGCGGCGGCGGCGUCGACGGCAUGCAGCUUGACGCUGCCAGAGAGGCCAUACGAGGAGCAGCCCGAGUCGCACGUCAACAUGGACGAGGCCAUGGAGGCGGGCUCUUCGCGCCCGCCUGAGGAUCUGAUCCAGGGCCUGGCGCCGCUGAGGGAUACGCCCGCACUGGUCAUGGGCGUGGCGAGCGAUAUUCUGUUCCCAGCGUGGCAGCAGCGCGAGGUGGCCGAGUCGCUGCGCUUGGCUGGCAACCGCAACGUAACGCACGUGGAGCUAAGCGAGGAGAUGAGCCUGUUUGGGCAUGACACGUUCCUGCUGGACCUCAAGCACAUUGGUGGCAACCUGAAGAACUUUCUGCGUUAA